AUGACAAAAUGUAUUGUUUUGAUAUGUGGACCACCAGCAUGUCUUAAAUCAACACUUGUACAAAUACUUCAGUUGAUAUUAAACCAUGAUCAGAUUUUAAAACUUGAAUAUUUAUGUAUAAAAAAACUUUCUGAAAUUCUAUUAAAAAAAAGACUUGAAAAUAAAUUUCAGUAUAAUUAUCUUUCAUUCGAUAAUUUAUUUUCUGGAUAUGAAAAUGAAAUAAUUGAAAAUGAAUUGAAUUGGAAAUCUUAUCGUUCAUUAAUUGCUGAUGAAAUUGAAAAAAUAAUUUUAUAUAAUACACAAAUAAAAUCAUCAACUAAUUUAAAAUAUUCUUCACAAAUACUUGAUCGUCUUUAUCAAUCAUUAAAAUGUAGAGAUAAUGAAAAUAUUCUUAUCAUUGAGGAUAAUUUUUAUUAUUCAAGUAUGCGUCAUCGUUAUCAUCAAAUUGCUCAACGUGCACAAAUUGGUUUUGUAUCAAUUCAUCUUUAUUCCAAUAUAUCUACUGCUUAUCAACGAAAUGAAAAUCGUGAUAUAUCUAAACGAGUUUCAAAUUCUUCAAUAGAAAAUAUUUAUUUAAAAUAUGAAUUAUCACAUGAUGAUUUUUUAAUUAAUACAACAGAUCGAGGUUUAACAACAGAACAUUUACAUAGAAUUCUUCAACGUAUUAAACAAGCUUGUAAUGAACCUGAACAACAAAUAAAUAUGAUUGAUGAAGAACAACGACGAAUAGCUACAGAAAUUAAUCAACAAAAUAUGAUUUAUCAAAUAGAUCAAAGAUUAAGAAAAUUUAUUUCAAAAUAUUUAAAAGAACAAUUUUCUAAGAAUGAUAAAUUUCAAAUAGUAAAUGAAAAAAAAACUUUUGCAGAAAUGAUUAAUAAUAAAAAACAAAAAUUUUUAGAAUUAAUUAAACAAAGAUUUAUUUUAUUGAAUGAUAAUGAAAAUAUAGAAAAAAUAUUUGAACAAUUUUUACAUGAAAAAUAA